GAAGAAUAAGGAGCGUCUGCGCAGCUCACUGCACCACUUGUGGUUCUGUUUACAUUCGCGUUUUUAUGUAAAUGUUCGCUUACAUUCAAUAUGUGGAAAAAUAUACUACAUAUUAGUGGUGGCUAGUUAUUGGUGGUCGUUAUCUGGAUACUGGCGGCAACAGGACUGUAUGAGUUCUGUCAGUCCAUCACUGCAUACGAUGACCACAGAGCCUGCCAGCCUGGAGAGCCUGCAUGUGCUGUACCAGAGCGAUGACUACAUUGUGGUGGACAAGCACUGGGACAUUCGCAUCGACAGCAAGAUGUGGUACGAGAAACACACAGUGCAGGCUCAACUUCGGCACCGCUUCCCUCAGCUGGCAGACCCCAGUACCUACUAUGGAUUCAGGUUCUGUCAUCAGUUGGAUUUCUCCACCAGCGGGGCUCUUUGUGUCGCCCUGAAUAAAGCUGCUGCUGGCUGGGCCUACCGCUGCUUCAAGGACCGCACAGUCACCAAAGCCUACCUCGCCCUGCUUCGUGGCUGGGUGGAAGAACAAACACAAACCCUGGACUUCUCCAUUGGCAAGAACUCCACAGAGGGAAAAACACAUAUGAUGUGUAUUGAGGGAACAGAAGGCUGUGAGAACCCCAAGCCUUGCCAGACUGAGCUGACAGUGUUGGAGUAUGGGUUGUAUGAUGGAGAUCCUGUCACCAAGGUGCUACUGCAGCCACUCACUGGUCGAACCCACCAGUUAAGGGUUCACUGCAGUGCAAUCAGCCACCCCAUCGUCGGGGACUUCACCUACAGCUCGGGAGCAGAUGACGCUCCGUAUCGCAUGAUGCUGCACGCCCACCUGCUCCACAUCCCCCUGGAUCCUCAGCCCCUGCUCGUCUCCGCUGGAGACCCCUUCCUCCCCUCUGUGGACCCCAAGUGGGUUCCGCAGCGCUCGCUACGGACGCUGGCGGCCACCGUGGAGGCCCUUCUGGAGCGCAGGGUGGAGGAGGACCGGAAGAUGAAAGAUGAGGAGAGGGAGAGAGCGAGAAGAGAGGAGGAGAAGAGGAAACGAAGCAAGGAACAGAGGACUGAGGAGAGUGAGGAGCAGAGGAAGCAGUGUCAGGAGUGGCUGAGUGAAUGGGCUGGAGACUGAUAGAGUCUUUUGUAUUAUUAUUUAUUUUAACUUAUUUUAGCUGUUUAUUUAUUAAAGCCAUGUUGAGCAUGUGCGCUCCAUCUCAGUGACCACCUGCAUAGCAUUUAAAUGGCAUCUGUGGACGUGGACCAGCACCUUAAUUCCCUCACAAACCAGUUAACAUUGCACUAGAAAAUACCUGUGUGAACACGUGAACUGCUGCUCUCUUUAACAGUUCACACCAUAGGGAGCUGACCCACUGCAACCUUUUGUAGCAGGUCAGCUCCACUGCAGUAGCCGACAAAUAAGUGCCUUCCUCAAAUUUAUGCUAACGAGUGAGAGGUUGGAUUGAUGUCAUUUGUUUCCUAAUUAGUAUGAGAGUUUUUUGUCACAAAUCAGAGGAACAGAAUGAAUGAGGUUAAUGUGCCAAGGUCAAUGAGAUAUUUGCUUCUGAUGUGAACUGUUGAGAUGUUUUUGUCCUCAAACAUUCUGGUAAGCCUGUCUGUUUGUCACUUAUGCUGCAUGGCUCUGACAUGAAAUCCCAUGUAAAAGCUAAAAGCCUACUAUUGGUCUUUUUCAUGUUUUAUCAUUCACAGCUUUGAAACACACUGUUUAAUAUGAAAAAAAAUCUUGUCAAUGUAAAAUAAAAUCUACAAAUUAAUCUCAAAUAAAAUGCUAAAUAAAUGGUUGAACAGGUA